ACAGUGAUCACAGUUCACACCUGCAGCGAAGCCCCUCCCACAACAAUUCACCAAUAAAUACUGGGAAUAUUCCCAUCAUCCUACAAGAGAAGGACAAACUCCAGGAGUAGCAGCUGAAAUCUGUGUGACUGUUAAAGAUGGAGUUUAUUAAAGAGGAGAUUGAAGACAUGAGUGAUCCAGAACCAUCCAGAAUAAAACAUGAAGAUACUGAGGAACAAACAGACCAGGUGAAAGUGAAAGAGCAAAGACAAGAACUGAAUGAAGUGAAGGAGGAACAUCGAAACUUUACAAUUCAAAGAACAAAAGCCAAAAAGACGCACACCUGCACUCAGUGUGGAGAGAGUUUCACACAGAAAGGAAACCUUAACACACACAUGAGAAUUCACACUGGAGAGAAACCGUAUACAUGCACUCAGUGUGGAAAGAGUUUCACACAGAAAGGAAACCUUUACAGACACAUGAGAAUUCACACUGGAGAGAAACCGUAUACAUGCACUCAGUGUGGAAAGAGUUUCACACAGAAAGGAGACCUUGACUCACACAUGAGAAUUCACACUCGGAAGAAUCCGUAUACAUGCACUCAGUGUGGAAAGAGUUUCACACAGAAAGGAAACCUUGACUCACACAUGAGAAUUCACACUGGAGAGAAACCGUAUACAUGCACUCAGUGUGGAAAGAGAUUUUCUCGUUUAUCAAGAGUCCGUCAUCAUCUGCUCAUUCACUCUGGAGAAAAGCCAUUUAACUGUGAUCAGUGUGGUAAAGAUUUUAUCUCAUCAUCAAAUCUAAAUAAACACCUGAAACUUCAUUCAGAUGAGAAGCCUUAUGUGUGUUCUCUCUGUGGAAAGAGUUUUUAUAGGCUGGACUGUUUUAAACGGCACAAGAAAACACAUGAUGAAGCAGAGGAUUCCCACUGGAAUUUGGUGGUACGAGUCCUUGUCAUUGACAUCCUAACAAAGAAACAGAUUGACAAGACAUUAUCAUGCCAAUCUGAUCUCUGUUGUUUUCUGCUAUUAAAUAAGGGUUCACUUGAACUGAUUCUAACUGUAUUUCUGUGUAUUUUAGACCAGGUGAGAGUGAAAGAGCAAAGACAAGAACUGAAUGAAGUGGAGGAGGAACAUCGUAACUUUACAAUUCAAAGAACAAAAGCCAAAAAGACGCACACCUGCACUCAGUGUGGAAAGAGUUUCACACACAAAGGAACCCUUAAAACACACAUGAGAAUUCACACUGGAGAGAAACCGUUUACAUGCACUCAGUGUGGAAAGAGUUUUUCUCAAGCAUCAAGUCUCAGUGUUCAUCUGCUCAUUCACUCUGGAGAAAAAACAUUUAACUGUGAUCAGUGUGGUAAAGAUUUUAAUUCAUCAGCACAUCUAAAAUCACACCUGGAAGUUCAUUCAGAUGAGAAGCCUUAUGUGUGUUCUCUCUGUGGAAAGAGUUUUUCAAGGCUGAUCAGUUUUAAACUGCACCAGAAAACACACAAUGAAGUGAGAGAUUAUAUGUGCUUUGACUGUGGGAAGAGCUUUACUACAUCUCGUGAUCUGAAACAGCACCAAAGAAUUCAUACUGGAGAAAAACCUUACAAGUGCUCAUAUUGUGACAAGAGUUUCACUCAGGCUGGAACUCUGAAAUUACACAAGCGAGUUCAUACUGGAGAGAAGCCGUACUACUGUACUCAGUGUGAGAAGAGUUUCACCCAAUCAAGUAGUCUAGGGAAACAUAUUAGAAAGCAUUGUUCUGUGUCACAGUUGGAUCUCAGGAUUUUCAGGUACGUCAUUCUGAACUCCAAGAGUCAGGGAUUUCCUCUGUUUCCUCAGAACGUCUACAAGCUGUCUCACUGCGAGUUCUACGUUUGGGAACUGGACUCUGGAUCUCACAUUCUUGAACUUCAGAUGGAAGAGUUCCACAAGGGAGUAACAAAUCCCGAUACCAGACCCCUGUACUGCAGGAUCAACCUGAGCGUGCCAGUUCUGGACAGUUUUUUUAAUGAUUUGGACACACGACCUGAUUUUCGGCUGAGCAGGGACGCCCUGAGAGUGCUGCUGGGCCUGUUGAGGACUGAACGCCAACACGGAUGGGGUUCCACAAUAGAGACCCUGGUAUUUAUUUUCUGGCUUGCGUGUGGCACAUCAUACAGGGUUGUCUCCAGAGUGUUUGACAUGCCUCGUUCCACUGUCCACCGCAUUGUCCACCGGGUCGCUGAGGAGGUGGUGGCCAUUCGCCACCAAGUCAUUCAUUUCCCCAACACCCCAGAAGACCUGGAGGCAGUUUGCCGUGGGUUUGCAGGGCUGGCCAGACACCGAGCUUUCUUGAAAGCUGCAGGAGCAAUCGACGGCUGCCAUGUCCGUAUCAAGCCUCCAAGCGGCCCUGAUGGUCAGUGCUACAGGAACAGGAAACUGUUCCCGUCUAUCAUCCUGCAGGCUGUUUGUGACCAUCAGGGCCGCUUCAUUGACACCUACGUGGGCUGGCCCGGGUCAGUGCAUGAUGCACGAGUGCUCCGGUACAGCCCACUGUACAGGAGGUCAGUGUACCCUCCUCCAGGGCACUUCAUCCUUGCAGACGGAGGGUACCCAUGUCUCCAACACCCGCUCCCCCUCAUCACUCCCUACAAGAGGCCAGUACGAGGAGUGGGACCCCAGCGCUUUAAUCUUCAUCAUUCCAGGGCACGCUCCAUUAUAGAGCGUGCUUUUGGGAUGAUGAAGACCAGGUUCCGAUCCAUCUUCCUGAAAGCGCUGGAGGUGCACCACACUUUUGUACCCCAUGUCAUCACAGCCUGUGCCAUCCUCCACAACAUCUGUCUUGGGGUUGGUGACAUCAUGGCCCCGGAGGAUGAGCACGAGGAGGAUGAUGCAGAGGAUGAGGGGGAGCAUGUUUUGGAGACAGUCAGCGGUGCUCCCUGGCGUGACCGGCUGACUGCAAAGGUGUCUGCCCUGGAGGAGGUUCCCAUCGACCACAACUACUUCUCAAUGAGCUCGUCGCUGCCUCUUCUCCUGUUGGCUGGGUCUGGGACUGCUGGGGCUGCGGCUGCUGGGGCUCUGGCUGCUGGGGCUGGGACUGCUGGGGCUCUGGCUGCUGGGGCUGCGGCUGCUGGGGCUGGGACUGCUGGGGCUGGGACUGCUGGGGCUCUGGCUGCUGGGGCUCUGGCUGCUGGGGCUGCGGCUGCUGGGGCUGGCUCUUUAUCCUGGUCAGCCACCGCUGAACUUGGCCCAGGAUCACAUCCCUUUCAAAAUAAUUCAGCAAUAAAUGUUGGGAAUAUUCUCAUCAUCAAGGCUAGAAGUGCAUCUGGACACGCAGGAGACACUCCAGGUGUAUCUGUGUGCCGUACUAGAGUAAAGAUGGAGUUUAUUAAAGAGGAGAUUGAAGACAUGAGUGAUCCUGAACAAUCCAGAAUAAAACAUGAAGAUACUGAGGAACAAAUAGACCAGGUGAGAGUGAAAGAGCAAAGACAAGAACUGAAUGAAGUGGAGGAGGAACAUCGUAACUUUACAAUUCAAAGAACAAAAGCCAAAAAGACGCACACCUGCACUCAGUGUGGAAAGAGUUUCACACACAAAGGAAGCCUUUACAGACACAUGAGAAUUCACACUGGAGAGAAACCGUAUACAUGCACUCAGUGUGGAAAGAGUUUUACUAAUGCAUCAGCUCUCAGUUAUCAUCUGCUGAUUCACUCUGGAGAAAAGCCAUUUAACUGUGAUCAGUGUGGUAAAGAUUUUAUUUCAUCAGCAAAUCUAAAACACCACCUGAAAGUUCAUUCAGAUGAGAAGCCUUAUGUGUGUUCUCUCUGUGGAAAGAGUUUUUCACGUCUGGACAGUCUGAAACAGCACCAGAAAACACAUAAUGAAGUGAGAGAUUAUAUGUGCUUUGACUGUGGGAAGAGCUUUACUACAUCUGGUGAUCUGAAACAGCACCAAAGAAUUCAUACUGGAGAAAAACCUUACAAGUGCUCAUAUUGUGACAAGAGUUUCACUCAGGCUGGAAACCUGAAAUCACACGAGCGAGUUCAUACUGGAGAGAAGCCGUUCAACUGUACUCAGUGUGAGAAGAGUUUCACCCAUUCAAGUAGUCUAUUGACUCAUAUUGGAAAGUAUUGUUCUGUGUCACAAAAGGUGAGAAAUCAGCCCAGAACUACACGGGAGGAGCUGGUCAAUGACCUGAAAAGAGCUGGGACCACCGUUUCCAAGGUUACUGUUGGUAAUACACUAAGACGUCAUGGUUUGAAAUCAUGCAUGGCACGGAAGGUUCCCCUGCUUAAACCAGCACAUGUCAAGUCCCGUCUUAAGUUUGCCAAUGACCAUUUGGAUGAUCCAGAGGAGUCAUGGGAGAAAGUCAUGUGGAAGAAGAAUGAUGAGUACCAUCCCAAGAACACCAUCCCUACUGUGAAGCAUGGGGGUGGUAGCAUCAUGUUUCUGGGGUGUUUUUCUGCACAUGGGACAGGGCGACUGCACUGUAUUAAGGAGAGGAUGACCGGGGCCAUGUAUUGCGAGAUUUUGGGGAACAACCUCCUUCCCUCAGUUAGAGCAUUGAAGAUGGGUCGAGGCUGGGUCUUCCAACAUGACAAUGACCCGAAGCACACAGCCAGGAUAACCAAGGAGUGGCUCUCUUCCUCACAGCCCUCCUCCCACGGCACCGUCAACUCCACCAGAAUUAUCUUUUUUCCCUCUGGAGACCACAUGAUGAUGUCCGGCCUUAGCGUUGUGGACAACACCACCUCGGGGAAGUGGAGUUUCCUCCCAAGAUCAACCUCCAUUUCCCAUCCCUGGGCUGACUGCAGGAGAUUCUGCCUGGCUUGGCUGUGGAUGACAGACCAGGUGAGAGUGAAAGAGCAAAGACAAGAACUGAAUAAAGUGGAGGAGGAACAUCGUAACUUUAAAAUUCAAAGAACAAAAGCCAAAAAGACGCACACCUGCACUCAGUGUGGAAAGAGUUUCUCACAGAAAGGAAACCUUAACAUACACAUGAGAAUUCACACUGGACAGAAACCGUAUACAUGCACUCAGUGUGGAAAGAGUUAUUCUCAUGCAUCAAAUCUCAGUGUUCAUCUGCGCAUUCACUCUGGAGAAAAACCAUUUAACUGUGAUCAGUGUGGUAAAGAUUUUAUUUCAUCAUCAAAACUAAAAGAUCACCUAAAAGUUCAUUCAGAUGAGAGGCCUUAUGUGUGUUCUCUCUGUGGAAAGAGUUUUUCAUGGCUGGGCAGUUUUAAACAGCACCAGAAAACACAUAAUGAAGUGAGAGAUCAUGUGUGUUGUGACUGUGGGAAGAGCUUUACUAGAUCUAAAUAUCUGAAACAGCACCAAAGAAUUCAUACUGGAGAAAAACCUUACAAGUGCUCAUAUUGUGACAAGAGUUUCACUCAGGCUGGAUACCUGAAAUUACACGAGCGAGUUCAUACUGGAGAGAAGCCGUACGACUGUACUCAGUGUGGGAAGAGUUUCACCCAAUCAAGUAGUCUAGGGAAACAUAUUAGAAAGCAUUGUUCUGUGUCACAGUGAGCAAAUGUUUUGUUAGAUUCACAUAAAGU